AUGGUCGCCGUUGGCCGCUGCUGCUUGGACAGCGUGGAGGUCUUUCCGUAUCUGCGCGACCCCGUCAUCGAGAACUCAACGCUGCCAACCCACACUUGGUGUCAACAUAGCGGGCCUGCCGCACGGGAGUCGCCUAUUUAUAGUGCGGGGCGCUUGUUUGGGUUGCGACUCAGUUUCCAGCAGCCGCCAGUUAAGGUCGCCGACUGGACCCUCAAUCUGACGGCUGCCUAUCGAUUUUUGAAGCGCGAAAACUUUCGCACGGAGGGUCGCCUGGUGCCGCACAGCUACUGCGACUUUUACUUUUUUGCCAGCACCAAUGACGAUGCAGAUGCCGCCCUGAAUGUCUGGCGUUACUUUCACUCGCCCCGCUUUCCCGCCCACUAUCCGGCCCAUAUCAAGUGUGCCUAUAAGUUCAUCGGACGGCCCGACAGCUGCGUCGAGGUGGUAUUCGAGGAGUUGCAGUUGCCUCCAGUCGCCAGCGGCGGCUGCCAGCUGGACUCGUUGACCAUUUUUGAUGCAGAGACCGCACAUAUGGCCGCUGUCAUCGAUGUCCUAUGUGCUCCCAGUCCGCAACGGCGCAUUGUAAGUAGUGGACCGGACCUACUCAUCGAAUUCAAUGCCAGUUCGAAUCGUACGGCAAAAGGAUUUCGCGGCAAAUACAAAUUCGUGCCGAACAAGAAACUGUUGCUGCCUGCGCCUAGUAUGCCAGUUAUGGAAGCAGCCGUAGCUAUCAAGGAGCAGACAGCAAAGCUCACACCACCAGCCAAGGCGAAUCGUCUGCUAACGGACGUAGAGGUGGCUAAAUCAGGCAGUGGUGCUUCCCUUGUGUUCGCCAGCCCUGCAGGCCUAGUAAAUGAGCACUGCAGGCAGAUUUUCGACUCGCGAGUAAACAAGUCCGGCAUAUUUGAGUCAAAUCAGCUGUUAGGACCAUUUGCCAGCGCCGGCAAUAAAAAGAAUGACGGCGUUACGCGCGUCGUUCAAUGCCGUUAUGAGUUUCAAGCGCAAGAACCGGAACGCAUACAAAUCAAGUUCCAUGACUUUAAUAUUCCAACAGAGCGAGAGAACUCGAGCAACUGCAUGGCCAAUGAUUCCCUGCAGCUGCUCACGCAAGUUCGCGGAAAAUUCGAGACGCAGGAGCUCUUCUGUGGCGCCUUUCUGCCAAAGCCGCUAAUGUCGACCGGAAAGCAAAUGCAGCUCCAGUUUGUGGGAAAGCAACCACCCGUAAUGACGAAUAAAGUGCAGUAUUAUGGCUUUCGAGCGGAGUACAAAUUCUUGACAAACUUUGGCAUUCCGUCUGGAACUCAACUUGGCAAUGACUGCAGUUUCAUGUACAACAGCACCGUGAAGACAAGCGGUCUCUUUCAUUCCCCCAAUUUUCCCGGCUACUAUCUUGAGGACGUAGUGUGCAAUUACUACUUUUAUGGUGAUGACGAUGAGCGCGUUGUCUUACGUUUUACUUACUUUGAUGUCGAGGGCAUUGGCAACUGCGAUCAUCAGACGGCCAGUGAUUAUGUGGAGUUCUCGAAUUUCAUGAGCACGGAUCGAAAAUUCAGCAAAUAUUGCGGUAAACUUCAAAACUUUGAAGUGCACUCUGAUGGGCGUUUCUUCCGCAUGACUUUUCACUCUAACGACCGUUUUGUAUCAAAUGGAUUUCGUGCCCUUUACACAUUUGAACCCCUAAAUACCAAUGAUAAUGAAAAUGCUAUCACCGAUUUGGGGGAAAAUGCUUCUAUGCAAAGCUAUGUGUCAGCUGCUUUUAGUGGGGAAAAGGAAAUUUCCUUUUACCAACUAAUUGUGUACUAUUUUAUUGUAAUGGUCACUAACAAAUAAAUAAAAUCAUUUGAAAUUGUGGUAGCACUACAAUAA